AUGGCCACAGCUUUUGACGAACUUACAGAGUUUAAUCAGGAAUUAGUAGAGCAUUAUACUCGGGUGUUCAAGAAAAAUGGUAUUGAAGGAUUGACAAUGGUCGUAGAGAGAGAUAUUUCCGCAUGGAAAGAUAAAAUUCGAUUUACCGAAUUCGAUAAAUGGCUAGCAAAUGAAAAAGCAUCUAGAAAGAAAAAGUUUAUUUUCAUUCGAACACAUACCAACAAUGAUGUCCGAAACGAGUGCAGAAGUAAAAAGAAAACCAGAACACAGAUGUUAGAGACUGAUAUUCUAGACUCUACACGAAAUGAUUGCGGGAGUCAGUUGCAAGCUGUCACUCGUAAAGCAGAUAUAUUUCUUAUUGAUAACCACUGCCGCGAUAUGUACGGCUUUCCGUCGCUGAAAAAGAAACUAAUUGACGCUACGGACGACAUUGUACGAGAGGUAAUCGCUAUGUCAUUUGAUGCAGUCACAAAGGAUGUGAUGGAUGGUAAAAUGGAAAUUUUGCAGAACAGGGUUUGGAAAAUUUCUUCGCUUACAGCGUUGGCUCCUAGACUAGGAAAUACGGACAUAGGUAUUUUAUUAGACGAGGAGGCCUCAUCAAAUGAAGUGCAGAGUGUACGUACAUUUUUAGAACCGGGCAGCUGGGACACAGACUCAGAUACGGACGAAUUUUUGAAAUAA